UUGACAGUUAAGGUGGAAGUCAAAACCGGCAAGAAAACGGAAACGGUGGAACUGAUCAGGCUGCGAAAUCCCUGGGGGCAGAAGACAGAGUGGAACGGCGCGUGGGGUGACAGAUCGAAAGAAUGGAAAUCGGUGAGCGAAGAACAAAAGCGAAGGCUUAAAUUGAGAGUUUUGGAUGACGGAGAAUUCUGGUAUAGUUUAUACCACCUUUACGGCUUCGGCAAAUGA